AUGCCUUUGCCCCCGAAGACGACAUCUCAAAAAAUUUUCGCCAUGUUUGCUGAGUUAGCUCUGAGUUUGUACCUUGCUUUUCUUGUCACGUUCGCUACUGGUAUUCCUCUGAGCACGGAAAGCAACUACGCCAUGGUAAGGCACACUGGAUCACUGGACCAACUCGUGUUUCAAUGCGCAUCGUCAUCACAGAGUUCAGAUCUGACCAAGAGUGAAAGUGGAGUCGUUUUCACAGGCUGUUCAAACCCUAUUCGAGCAAGAAUAAGGGAAAGCGCACCCGCACCCAAACCCGUAGACUCAGCGCCCGCUGGCCCCCCUCCAAGUACGGACGAUUCUGGAUUAGUUGUGGCUGCACCUAAACCUUGUUCGGUUCGGAGGGAGGUAUUUUUGCUCGAUGAUUCAGCGCACAUCAGUAUGUCGAGAGAAGCGACUGCGGCUGAAAAGGGCCUCCAAGAUAUCGCACAUCGUGCUACACCUGGAAAUAUGCGAUUCAGGUCGCAUUGA